UACGAGCCUUCUUGACCCUCAUUCGACUUCAAACUCAAUUAUCUUGGUGCAGAAAGCCAUCUCGCUCUUGCCUCCUCUAUGUCUUAUCCCAAGGAGUUUACUGGGUUCCAGGUCCCGAGCGCUGAAAAGUGGCUAGAUUUUGAGAAAAGUACUUGGGAGCCUCGACCUUUUGGAGAUUACGAUGUCGAUAUCAAGAUAGAGUGCUGCGGGGUGUGCGCUAGUGACGUGCACACUGCUCGUGGUGAUUGGGGCGAGAUGCCCUAUCCUUUCGCUGUCGGCCACGAGGUCAUUGGGAGGGUUCUCCGCGUAGGCCCAAAAGUAACCCUCGCAAAGGUGGGCCAGCGAGUCGGGGUUGGGGCCCAGGUUUACUCCUGUUUGGACUGCCGCCACUGCAAGAACGGCAAUGAAACGUACUGCAAAGAACAGGUCAACGCCUAUGGAGCGGCGUAUCCAGGGACGGAUUGCACGACCCAGGGUGGAUACUCAUCCCACACUCGAAUUCAUGAAUACUGGGUAUUCCCGAUUCCGGAUAGCUUGGCUAAUAGUGAUGCUGCCCCCAUGAUGUGUGCAGGUGUCACCGUGUACAGUCCACUAAAACGCUUCGGCGCAGGACCUGGCACCAAGGUUGGUGUAGUGGGUAUCGGCGGCCUUGGCCAUUACGCCAUCAUGUUUGCAAAAGCACUUGGUGCCGAAGUGUGGGCUAUUUCCCGGUCACGCAACAAGGAGGCCGACGCGAGACAAAUGGGCGCCGAUGGCUUCCUCGCCACGAACGAGGAGGGCUGGUGUCAGCCGCAUGAAAUGACAUUUGACCUGAUCAUUAGCACGGCAAGCUCCUUCCAAGACUUUCCGCUAUCGCAAUACCUCAGCCUUCUGGGCGUUCACGGACGCUUCCACUUGGUGGGCGUGCCCGGCGGCGACGGCCUCAAGAUAUCUACCUUUGACUUCAUCGGGAACGGCUGCUCCAUCGGCGCCUCAAACCUCGGGGGUCGGCGCGAGGUUCUGGAAAUGCUGGACUUGGCGGCCACCAAGGGUACCAGGUCAUGGGUAAAAGAGAUCCCCAUAUCUAAACAAGGUAUUCAAACAGCGAUCGAGCAGCUAGAAACUAGCAGUGUCCGCUACCGAUCCUGCCUGGUGGCUUAUGACGAGGAAUUUGGGGCCUGAGUGGGGAGAGUUGAGUUAUUUGGUCAGAGUCAUUCACAGCAAUAUUGCCUCUACUUCUGUGUCUUUGUACGCUGAACGCUAGGAAUGAACUGAUUCCUGGCUUCGGCUGUCACACAAUGUUCUCCACUCAUCUGUCUGACCUUACCUUCUUAUUCGAGAUCUGAUACAUGGUGAGAACUAUGACAUGUUGAUAAUCAC